AUGGCCUCUCUCGAGGAGCUUGGCAAAGCGUCCAUCGAUGCCAAUCCCGUCCGAGCUCUCAUGCCCCUCUUCUUCGCAAUGGGUGUCGACUCUUUGCUCAUGGGCGGUAUAGCGCAACAGCUAUUCACUUAUUGUAUGUCGUCAAGGGGACAGGAUAAGCCUCAUAUACAGGGAAUUGUCUACUUUUCAUCCUUCUCUGCCGCUGUCGUCACCUUCUACACCUGGGCCUGGAUGAUGGACAUGUUUACCUACAAGUACGGAUCCUACGCGCAAUUUAUCGACCAACGUUGGUGGGCUUGGUAUCCCAUAAUCUGCAGCUGCUGCAAGAUACCCGUCCAGGUGUUCUAUGGAGAGAGAGCAUGGAGGAUCAAUAAUUGCAAUGCGUUCAUCCUGAUCUCUAUCGGUAUCUGCCUGCUGUUAUCGACCGUCGGCUCUUUCGUCUGGUCUGUCAUGACUCAUACGCUGCAGACGCAGGACUACACUUCCUUGUCGUUGAUGUUCUUCCACCUCUGGCCAACAGCGUGCGUAGUCGCUGACUUUAUAACCACCUCCUCCCUCCUCUACGGUCUCCACAAAUCCCGGAACGGCUGGCAAGGUACUGAUCGGUUGAUCUUUCGUCUUAUGCGGAUUGCGAUGGAAGCGCAGGUACCUGCUACUAUCGCCGCUUUGGUCGUACUCACCGCUUGGUCUGACAACACAGCCCGUAUCGCCGUCGUCUUCGUGCAAGUCCUUCCCCCUCUUUCCCUCUUUCCCUUCUUCACCUCUUCACGGGAAUGA